GACGCACAAAGGGGCGUGGCUUCUUUCAACCCGGUACUUUCGGUUUCAUCAUUAGAGUUAAAGUUAGAAAUAAAGAUGCUAAAGUUAAAGACUUGAUGAUAAAGACUGAGAAUCUCACUGAUCACUAAAGGUGGAUGCUGCACAUUGGUGGUGGUUGAGAAGAUUCCCCCGUUCAUAUGUAAAGCGCUUUGAGUACUGAGAAAAGCGCUAUAUAAAUUCUUUCAGGAGUGGUGAUUCUCAGUAGAUCAUCUAGAUGGCAUUUCUCUGUGAUGAAGAGAUGAAGUUUCAGCAGAUGCUGUUAAGAGUACAGGAGUCUCUCGGGGACGAUGAUCUGCAGGAUCUGCUUUUCCUCUGCUCAGAUCUUCUCAGUCCAAGAGAGCUCAGCGAGGCGUCUACAGCCACAGACCUCUUCAGUUGUCUUCAAACCAAAGAGCUGCUGUCACCCAAUGAUCCAUCUCUGCUUGUGGAGCUACUCACUAUCAUGAAACAAAACAAUCUGAUUCGGAAACUGGGUUUAGAUGGAUGUAUGGAAAACAACGGCACAAUCUCAGCGUACAGACUGUUGUUGUUUGAGCUGUCACAAUCCAUCUGUGAUAAGGACCUGAAAAACAUCAAAUUCAUGUUGGGUAAAACACUACCACGCAAAAAACUGGAGAGAGAGACGACACUGUUGCAGUUGUUUUGGGAGCUGGAGAAGGAAGACCGUCUGGAUGAAAAUAAUGUAGAGAUUCUACAGGAAGUUAUAGGAAACGUCUAUCCUGCUUUAGAAAAAAGAAUUAUUCAAUAUAAAGAAGAGGCUGCAGGUGAAACGUUCAUUGCUCAGGAGACUGAAAAUAAUUUUUCCAUGUCAGUUCAGCCUUUAUCAGUGACAUCACUCCCAUUAGAUGAAAUGAUGGAGGAGCAGGUGGACAGAGUCAGUGUAACUGAAGAUCAGAGCCAGAGUUUGGACAUUACCUCAGGGAUUUCAAAUGAGAGUUCACAUUUAUGUGUUUCUGAUGAUCCAGAGAUUCAUCAAUAUGAGAUGAAGGGUGACAAAAGGGGGAUAUGUUUAAUCAUCAACAACUGUAACUUCACCAGCAUGCAGAUGAGAGAAGGAACAGACAUUGACAAAGAGAGUUUGAAGGCUGUAUUCCAGUGGCUGGGCUUUGAAGUCUGUACAGAACAGGACUGUGAUAAGAAACGAAUGCUGGAGGUCUUAAAGGAUCUGGCCGGUCGUGAUCACACUGGGGCGGAUUGCGUGGUCUGUUGUGUGCUUAGCCACGGAUGUGUGGAUGGAGUAUUUGGGACAGAUGAAGGGAAAGUCACAUUUAGAGAGCUGAAGGAGUCGCUACAGUGUUCUUCCCUCUUUCGGAAACCCAAACUGUUCUUCAUCCAAGCCUGCAGGGGAACCAGCAAGCAGAGACCGAUGUGGCCACAGAAUAACAGAGCCGAUGACGUGGCAUUCGGUGAUGCUGAUAUUUCCACAGACUCCAUACCUGACUCCAUACCUGAGGGAGCAGACUUCUUGUUAGCCAUGUCCACAGUACCUGACAAUGUGUCCUUCAGAGAGAAAACUAAAGGAACCUGGUUUAUACAAGCUCUCUGUCAUAACCUGAAACAGCUGGUGCCAAGGGGUGUGGAUCUGCUGUCUAUCCUGACACAAGUGAACAAUGAUGUAAGCAGAAAAUCCCACCCCACUGGUAGGUGGAAGCAGAUGCCACAACCAGAGUUCACCCUUACUAAGAGAGUUGUUUUUCCCAUCCCUAAAACCCAACCACCACAAUAAUCUCAUACUGCUGACAGUGCACACCAAGAUACUUGAUUUUUAUCCUACAAAAAAAGUGUUUACAUGGACAAUCUGUGCAAAUGAUGCACAGAUCGUAACAUGUUUUUUACAUGUUUGAAAGAGGGAAUAUGACAAUUUAUGUUAUCCAAAUCCUAUAGCUAACACAGUGUCCUAACCAGAUUUGGUAGAUGUUUCCAUGUUGAGUUUUUUUGAACCAGGUGCAAUGUGUUGCUACGUCGAGCGGCAGAGGAUUUAUUUUAGAUCAAUGAAAGUUCUGCACAUUAAUGAUAUGAAUCAUCAAACAUGGAUGAUGAGAGACCGAAAUAUACACUAAAUCCCACUAGGAAAGCCAUAACAAGCAGAGGGAUGAGUGUGUGUGUUUGUGUGCGCGCUCUUCAGAUGAAGUGCGAGAGGGUGGCGCACAAACAAAGAUGAACGUUCUGAUUUACUGAAACUUCACAAUUAUGCAUUGUGUCACGCCCCCUUUUCAUGUUCAGUUCUGACAAAUUGCCUGUCACUGGAAUUAUAUGCCAUCACAUCUGGUCAGGACACAGUGUAAAGCAAAAAAUAAAGAUUGUUUUUUAUGAAAUAUUUUAAGACACUUUGUAACUCAACACAAGACAUUUUAAUCAAUAAAAUCAUUGACUUACACAAUAAAUGUUUCAUGUUCAAAAGAAACAUUUUAUGACCAUCUCAAACAGUCAACAUUAAGUAAUGGUAUUACUGUAAUUAUAAAUGCACAUAAAAUUAUUUUUAAAGUGCAUAUACUGUAGCAGUUACACCUUUAAAGAGUCAAGGUUUCAAAACCACUGAAAUUUGGUAUGAUAAUGUUUCAAAGGUAUGAGCUGUGUUUACACAAAAUUUAUUUAAUCAUUAAGUUAUGUAACUAAUUUGAUGUUUACAUUGAUAUAUAAUGCAAAAAAAAAUUUGAAUACAUGCUGUAUCUUGCUUAAAAAUAAAAUUAUUGUAUCCAGUAAAAAAGUUGUUUUAUACGCAGACAUUUGAAAAUAAAUAACACAUUUUGGCAA